UGUUUCGAACAUUACAGCUGAGAACCAGACACCUCAAUCUCUCACCGCUGUGACAGGAAGCUCUGGAGGGGAAUUCCUUGAAAAACAUGUAGAAUCAACAGAGAAAAGUUCAACCUUUGGCAGUAUUUGGUCAAGAGGAUGUAAGGCUGCUAGUGCUCCCCAUGUUCGGGCCAGAAAUAGUAGAUUUAUGAACACAUCUAAGGUUGGCACUGAAGUUAAAAAGAGUAAUGUGAAAGAUGCCGUAAAUAAAUCAAUGCCAAAGGAUCUUUUCUCUCUCUUUGAUGUUGAAGGAAAAAGUUUCAGUUCAAAUAAGGAAAACCUAAGCUCAAACUCCUAUCACUUGCAGCUCAUGAGAAAGAAAGCUAAGCUAGAAGAAAUUAAAUUUCCCAUGUCACAAAGAUCACCCAAUUUGAGCUGUUUUAGUCCCAGCAUUCAUUCAUCCAAAGGCAUAACCUCUGUUUCAAAUAAAGUGAACUUGACUACAAAAGUAGCUCAAGAAUGGAAGUCACAAAGAAAGCCUCUUAAAUGUCUUGUCAACUUGGUCCAUGAGAAAGAUACGAUGGAAUUAAAAGAGAAAAUAGUGGAAAGAGUUCCCUUCAGAUCACUAACGAACACUGGAAGCAAUCAUAACUCGGUGACUGUUUCUGCUACAGAAAGUAUGAAUGAUGCCGGUAUUUGUGGGCAGAUCAUCUCAAACAAGUGCACUAAACCUUCUCAGCAUACUAGUAGAGAACAAAAGAGGAGCUGGGACAUGGUUGUAGACACUGCUUCUCUUGUGAACAAUGAGUCAAGAAAAGCUUUGCAGCUUCUACAAGGUCUCAAAGGGACUCGUUUAAUCAUUCCAAAAUCGGUCAUAAGGGAACUAGACUCUAUGAAGCAACAAUUUAGACUUUUCAGAACAACUUCCGAGGCUUCUUUGGCAUUAGAAUGGAUUAAAGAAUGCAUGGAGAAAACAAGCUGGUGGAUUCAUAUCCAAAGCUCGAUGGAAGAGUGCAGGCUGACAGUUCCAACCCUUUCAAAGAAAUGUGCUUCACCUGCUGUCGAAGAUCACAUCCUCGAAUGUGCUCUUCAGUAUAGAAAAAUGGAGAAUGUUGGACAACUUGUCCUACUUAGUCAUGAUGUUACAUUGAAAACAAAAUCCAUGGCAAAGGGGUUGCUGUGCGAGACAGUGCAACAAUUUCGCCAGAGUUUAGUAAACCCCUUCUCUGAGAGGUUCAUGUGGCCCAAGAGCUCUCCUCGAGGACUGACUUGGUGUUGCCAAGAUGAUUUAGUUUUAAGGGAGAAAUAUUGUGGAUUGCCAUCAAAGGCUGGUUUGAAGCUCAUCGCUGAGCAGUUUUUACACUUUCAUUGAUUAAACUUUUUACUAUUAUAUUCUCAUUUCCACGUUUCAAACCUACUCUAGCAAUCUGGACAACCAUUGACCUAAUCUCAACGUAAUUAUGUUAGUUUUAUUUUAAGUCCUGGGAGGGAAAACUGUCCUUUUCUUUUGGACACUUUUUUAUU